GCAGAGAACAGCUUUGCAGAGAUUCACAGGGGGACUUCUUGUUUUCUUUCUCUCUUUCUGGUUAUUUUUAACCUAGCGUUUUUUUAAACUACAACCCGUUUUUCCUUCAGUCCAGUAUCGGAUUUAAACACCAGUGCAGCUUCAAUGAUGCCACUUCUUUUCAGAAUAAACCGCUUUAAUCGCAAUUUUUCACCCGAAUACCCUUAUAUUUCUGUCAUCCACUGUCAAUUUAGCCCAGGUCUGACCAAGUUUUAGUGUUUUCGCCUUCACAGCAUCCCAUGUGUUAGUGCGAGCCGUCAGUGGAGAUGUUUUCGGCAGGAGAGGAGGUUAAUUCCCAUUUGUUUACCUCACUGACUGAGUCCUCUGGAGCUGCAAUCUCCCCAACACUGGAGCUCAGUCUAACUACCGUCUACAUCGUCCUCUACUCCUUCCUGUUUGUUUUCGUUUACCUACAGCUCUGGCUCAUUUUGCACUACGGACACAAGCGCUUCAGCUACCAAAGUGUGUUUUUGUUUCUGUGUUUGGUGUGGGCAGCGCUGAGGACGACCCUCUUCUCUUUCUACUUUAAAAAUGUAAUGCAGGCCAACCAGCUGCAGCCUCUGGCCUACUGGCUGCUCUACUGCUGCCCCGUCUGCCUGCAGUUCUUCACACUCUGCCUACUCAACCUCUACUUCACCCAGGUGAUGUUUAAGGCAAAAGCCAAGUAUUCACCAGAGCUCACCAAAUACAAGGUUCCUCUGCGUUUGUUCUUCCUGUGUGUCAGUAUAUUCUUUCUGGUGGUGAAUUUAACUUGUGCAUUGUUAGUGCAAGGAGCUCUGCAGCGCUCUGAAUCACCGAGUGAUGGGGGUAUCAGACAUGUGGUCCUGGCCCGGGUCUUAAUCAACGACAGUCUGUUUGUCCUGUGUGCGGUCUCUCUGGCCGUCUGCAUCUUUAAGAUCGCCAAGAUGUCCUCUGCCAAUGUUUACCUGGAGUCCAAGGGAACAUCAGUGUGCCAAGCUACAGCAGUAGGAGCCAUGGUGAUCCUGCUCUACACAUCCAGAGCCUGUUAUAACCUGGUGGUGGUGGCCCUGUCCCCACAGGACAGACCCAGUCCCUUCAGCUACGGCUGGUACAGCGUUUCUGAUCAGGCUGAUGUGCAGGAGAUCAGCGGGGAAGCUUACGUUGUGUUUGGGAUCAUUCUGUUCUUCUGGGAGCUGCUUCCUACAAGUUUAGUGGUGGUUUUCUUCAGAGUCAAGAGACCCAACCAAAACCUGACUCCAGGAGGAAUGAUCAACAGCCACAGUUUCAGCUCCAGAGCAUAUUUCUUUGACAACCCUCAACGGUAUGAUAGUGAUGACGACCUGUCAAGAAGCAUCAAUAGUAGGACUGAUCGGACCAGUCUCCUCUCCACCACUCCCCAGCUGGGUACAUCCAGUUGGUAUGGCUCCAUCCAACGUAACGGGACUCUAGCUGCGGGAGUUGCGUCCGCCCAGCAACCGCCGUCUUCCACGGCCCCCCUCCUCUUUGCCUACGGAAACAUCCAGAGUCACAAUCCCCACCAUCACAACUACUACUCCACCCCGCAGAACAACUACCACCAUCAUCAUCACAGUAACUACUUUUCAACACCACAGAAUUAUUACUGUGGGUCACAAACAUAUUUCUGCACACCACAGAAUUAAGCAGCGUCCAUCCAUAAGAUUGAAAAAGACUAAUAACCGAUGUGAUAAUGUCUUGCGUUUGUGUCAUCAUUUUGCUUCCCCAGAUACAUCAAAGCAGGUACUUUUGAGUGAUAUUCCGAGCCAUUGUUUUGGACCAGUUUGGGCCUAAAAAUUGGUUCACCUAUUUAUUCUGGAGAAAUAUGGUCGCAUCAGUAACUGGGAAGUUGCUGUGGCAUGACUAACUGCUUUUUUAGAACAUCACUCUCUGUAAAUGGCAUGUAUGGACCAGAAUGAAGGCAAGCGCAGGCCGUGGACCAGAGUUUAGCACUAAUAUGGCUAAUACAUCUAAAACUGCAAAUACCAAACAUUUCUCUUGUUAAAUGUUUUGGUCCGUUACAAUUUCUAAAACUGGAAUCAUCAGGGACCAGACAAUCGUCUCUCUCAUUAUCCUUUGCUUGUAAAUUUCAUCCAAUUGUGCUUAUAUGGAACACACCAUUCUGCUCAGACCGGAGCCAUGUAGCCGGUUAGCUAACAUGGCUAACGCCGAAGCCAGUCUGUCAGUUAACAGUUCUGGACACAAAGACGUUAUAUUCACUCAGAAUUUGUUGUUGCAUUGUUAUUUAGGUUGUCAU